AUGCAAUUCUCUACCCUUCUCCUCUCGGUUGCAGCCCUCGUCCCGUCCGCCCUCGCCUGUCUCGUAAUCGACAUAACUUACACGCUUCAAACAGCCAGCAGCUCCAGCAAACUCCGUGCCACCAUUGUCGACAACGGUGGACUCGUCUGCUACAAAGACGAAAUCAAUCCCUCCACGGCCAGCAAAUCACUCUUUCAGCUCGAUCCCAACGUCGCCAACGUCCACGAUGUCAACGAAACCUUCCAGGAGUGUGUCGCUGGCUACCAUACCAAAUUCCAGGUCGAUUUGUCGGAUAAGAAUGAUAAGAAAGGCAACAAUGUGAUGGAGAGUUACACUUACUUGGAUCAAUUUGGCAAUAAUCCUAGUUAUGGUCCUUUUGGCCUGGGUGCUAGAAAUAAGAUUGCGGCCACAAGCACUAUGCCUGAGCAGUGGAACUGGCAUGUUGAGGCUUUGGGAUGUUAG